CCGCCGCCGCCGUUGCCCCGGCCGCCGCGGGCUUCGCGGGCACUCUCUUUGCUGAGGAUUUCUCCUCCGGCAACUGGAAUACGGCGAGCUUUAACUUGUAAAUUUCCGGGAGAGGAGGAUUGCAACAUAGUGUGGAGGAGCCAUGGCCGGGAAAGAGGAGAAGAAGUCGCGCAAGGAGAAGCGAAAAGAAGCGAGAUCAGAGAAGCAAAAAUUGCGCUUUCUUUCAUGGGUUCAGCAUCAGGGUGGCAAAAAUAAGAAGCCGGUAGUGACAUCUGUAGUAUCAAGUCCAACUCCAGUAGAGGAAAAGAAACCAGAGAAAGAACCUAGCAUCGUGAAGAAGAGGAGGAGGAGGGAUCCAGAGUCUAAGCCCAAAUCCAAGUCCAAAUUCCAGGAAUAUCUUGAGAUGGAGAGAGGCGGAGCUGUGAGCAGAGAGGAGGAUUUGGAGACAGAGAGGAGGCUAGCGAAGAAACUCAAGGUGAAGAAAGGAAAGUUGGGUGGUCCAGAUGAUGGUAUGGACAGCCUUUUUGCAGACCUUGGAUUUGAGGGUGACUUUGGUUCAGAUGAUGAAGCAAAAGAGUUUGAGUGGAAUACGGUAGAUCAUACUAAAGUAGACAAGAAAAAAGAGAAGAAGAAAAAGAAGAAAGUGACGAAUGAUUCUAUUGAGGAACUACAUGAUGAGGGUGUGGGUGAAGAGAAUGAUGAAGCAGUUCAGGAAUCUGAGAAUGAAGAACCUAAUGUGGUUGAACUACCUACGGCGUCAAAGGAGAAGUAUGUACCUCCAAGUCUGCGUGCUACUUCCAAUUUGGAAUCAGAAGAGAUCUCUCAGAUGCGCCGGAGAGUGAGAGGAUUACUGAACAGACUCUCAGAGUCAAAUGUGGAGUCCAUUACUCAGGAAAUCGCUGCGAUAUUUCGUUCAAUUCCAAGAAAUACUGGGUGCCAAGUAAUCGGUGAUGAAGUUUUGGCAAGUUGUUCACGAGGACCUCGUGGAAAUGAACAGUAUGCUGCUGUAUUUGCAUCAUUUGUUGCAGGUAUGGCAUGCCUGGUUGGCAAUGACUUCAGUGCCAAGAUCAUUGCCUCUCUUGCAAAGUCAUUUGAGGACGAGUACUCAAAAGAAGAUGGUCUAUCUCUGAGAAAUCUUACCUUGCUGCUCUGCUAUUUGUGCAUAUUUGAUGUCAUUUCAAGUGAUCUUAUAUAUGAUCUGCUAUCAGUGCUGAGCAAACGCCUGACAGAGCUGGAUGUCUCGACUGUAUUGACCAUUCUACAGUGCUGUGGAAUGAAGCUCCGGGGAGAUGACCCAGGUGCAAUGAAAGAUUUUGUUCUCAGUAUUCAGAACUCUGUAAACCAGUUGAAACAGAAAGCACGCCCAACUGGUCAAGAUAUUGGACAAGCAGAGAUGCAUAGCAAAAGAAUGGAAUUUAUGCUUGAGACAAUAUGUGACAUUAAGAACAACAAAAAAAGGCCCAAAGAGGAUCCUUCGCACCACACUCGUAUAAAAAAGUGGCUUCAAAAGAUGAAGGCAGAAGAUGUCCUCUUGCGUGGGCUUAAGUGGAAUAAGCUUUUGGAUCCUGAUAAGAAAGGGCAGUGGUGGUUGUCUGGGGAUGUUUCAUCCACUGUAGGCAAUAUUGAAGAAGUUGCAGCAGCUAUAAGCAAGCAGGUUGUUGAAGCACAAAAACUGGUUCAGCUUGCAGCUGCUCAGCGGAUGAACACUGACAUACGAAGAGCAAUUUUCUGCAUUAUAAUGAGUGCUGAGGACUAUGUGGAUGCUUUUGAGAAGCUCUUGAGGUUAGACCUUUCUGGGAAACAGGAUCGAGAAAUCAUAAGGGUCAUUGUUGACUGUUGUCUGCAAGAAAAGGUGUUCAAUAAGUAUUACACGGUCCUUGCCUCGAAGCUAUGCAGCCAUGAUAAAAAUCACAAGUUCAGUUUACAGUACUGCCUCUGGGAUCAUUUUAAGGAGUUAGAUACGAUGGAGUUGAAUCGAUCCAUGAAUCUUGCAAAACUAGUUGCAGAGAUGUUGGCAAAUUUUUCACUCUCGCUUGCAACCCUGAAGGUUGUCAAAAACCUGGCGGUGGAGGUGAUACCAAAAAGGAUCAUGCAUUUCCGAAUGCUGUUUGAGACCUUACUACAAAAGGAUGAUGCACUGGUGUGGAACGUCUUUACCCGCAUCGCUGGAAUUCCAGAGCUCGAAAUUUUGAGAGACGGCAUUGUGCUGUUCAUCAAACAGCAUGUUAUUGCUAAGGACACUGGUAAGGACUUGACUAGCAAAUUCAAGAUUGCAAAGAAAGCACUUGAUAAUACUGCUGGAGUUUUGAUGUAAUUUUUAUGUUUUCAAGGUGUUACCUUCCUCUACCCAUUUGGCUGGCCCGGUCUGGGCCUUCCCAGCAAAAAUUUUUUUUUCUUUGCCCCUCCAGUUAUGUGAUACAGCUCUAGGUUGUAGGUUCAUUAACACUUUGAAAAUAAAGGAAUAUUUUCAGUGUUGUUACCCACAUGAGGAAUUUGAGAGAAUCUUCUCUGUGACACUGAUGCUUUCGCAAUUAGAAAGCUUGUCCUUCUUAGAGACCUUAAUGGGUCUUGAAUGUUAAAUCACAAGUACUGGGAGAAUGAACACAUGCAAAUUUAAAGUACAAUUUCUUAGAUAAUACCUUUUAC